AUGGCUAAUUCUACAUCAAGAAGAUCUCACUGUUUGAUUCGUAUUGCAUUGACCUCAUUUGACGCACCAGAGAGAAAAAGGGCAAGAAACAUAUUAUGGAUGAUUGAUCUAGGUGGAAGUGAAAGGCUUGUAAAGACAAAGGCAACUGGGAAAAGACUCAAGGAAGGAAAAGCCAUAAAUCUGUCACUAUCAGCCCUAGGGGAUGUGAUGAGUAAAGAAUGUGGUUCCACACAAUCUUUGCUGCAAAAAUCUAAUGUUUUGAUCUUGUACAUACAAGAAGUAAAAGCAAGAAAGGAACAUUUGUUAAUGGAAUUAGAACAGGAGAUCAGUGAUCUAGGACAAGAAUGUGAAGGUAUUAUUAGAAAGAUUAAGAAGCUCAAGAAAACAAUUGAGCAUUUUAAAGGGCCUCAGCCAUCUGUUGAAACAAAUUUCGACAUUUCACAUCCAUCCAGUGAAGAGCUGAAAAUUGACAUGUCAAAGAAUAUAAGGAAUUCAAAGAAUCAGAGAGAUGUUUCUUCCAGGUUACCAAGGUUUAUGAAGCCAACAGCGUCUAGCCAGCAUAGGAUAGGCUUAAAUAAACACAUACCUGUUAGUAACAAGACAAAACCACCAGUGCCACCAAAGAGAAGGCCUUCCUCAGUUUAUGCUGAGUCUGUAAGGCUGCCAGUAAAUGCUGUGACUUGGCAGUCAGAACGCAGUUCAGAAUGCAGUAUCUCCAUGACAAGUGACAUGAAUUGGGCUAAAGUUCAGUUCUGA